UCAGAAUAUAAAAAAAAUGGCUUUCUACUGAAUCCAGACCCCAAGCUGAAAUCCGCUAUAUUAAAUGGACUUGCUGAAGAAGUCGUAAAAUUCAAAGUGUACCUUUCUGAUGCCGAAUUCAAUGAAGUGGCUGAAGCCCUUAUAAAACAGCAUCCUUGCCUUAAGGAACAGGGAUCCUUAACAGGCUGCAGUGGCUGGAAAAGAAGCCUUAAAUAUAAAAUGUCAAAUUACAGAACCAAGCUUCGGAAUCUUGGUUGUAGUGAAGUGACCAUUAAUUCCAUGAAGCACAAACCUACGGGUAUAAGCAAUCCAGCUUUUGGUGUCAAGAAGCCACGUAAAGCUAAAGUUAACUUUUGUCCCUCAUUUCUUCCUGGUGAAACACCUGACAGUAUGGAGCAAGUCAGAGUCUCCCUUCUUUCUGAGGUUAAGAAGAAAAACAAUGAGCAAACUGUGAGAAGAUUAAUGGACAUUUCUUUUGCAUUGAGAAGACAAGAGGUUGUUAAAGAAUCUCCACUUAUUGCUGACUUUAAGAGCAGAUGGCCAGCUUUGUUCCAAGAAAAUGAGGUUUGUGCUGAAUUCGCUCGCAUAACAACUGUAGCCUUAAUUUCAAAAUUGUUCUCAAAGCUGGAUAAACACACUCCAAAUCUUUUGAGGAUCUUUGCCAAGAGAGGUGGAGCUCAGGGACAACGGAUAAGGAAACUUCUCAUGCCACUUACACAGUGUGCCUGCAUUAAUGUUAAGAGGGAGUGUGUCCUCAAAGCCCUGUUUGUCUACCUAAAUGAGGAUCCUGACAAUCUAAUCAAGGAGUACAUGGAUGCAGAUUUUUCCAAUGAUCAAGCUGCACUCAAAGAAAUGGUGAUCAGUGUUUUUGUCAUCCGAUGUGAAGGAUGUGACGUUGAUGAUGACCCUGCAGAUGUUGGACAAAUUCUUGAGGGGGUUAUAGCACUAGAAGAUCUUGGUAAUGUAGCUAAUGGUGUUGCUUUGCUAAUUGGCCUAAUAUAUGCCUUAAACCUAAGUUAUCCGAAGAAGCUUCGAUACACCUUUGAACUCCUGCAAAAAGUGUUCCUGGAGCUUGAUGGACACAAACUCUCCACCAAAGUUCAAGCACUUAAGACCAAGCUUUUUACACCACAUUAAAGGACUGAUGAACAGACUGAUCUUUACCAUGAAACUAUAACAAUAACUAAUUGUUAUCGUCAAAUGGCCAAAAACUUUGCUGGAAGAAAAUUUGAGCAAGC